AGGUAGAGAGCGUGAUUGCAGUCCCAGGGGAGGGAGUCCGAGCUAGAACACCAAUUACAAACCGCAGGCUUCCUGUUCUAGGGAGUUGAUCCAGAAUUGUCUUUCUGAAAGGAAGCACUCGAAUCCUUCUGAACUUCCCAAGUCCAUCCAUGAUUCAGAAAUACUGCCUUCUCUCUCUGGGAUUUUCUGUGUUUCCGAUUGUGAAUUGUCGUUGACGUAUUUGCUCCUUUGCUUCUUUUCUCUUUUAAGACUUGAUCAUUUUAUAUGCUGUUUGGAGAAAAAAAAAAAAGAACUUUUAUUAGAAAGGAGUUUUCAGAAAUGAUUUUGAAUGUUCUAUAAGUGUUUAAUCUAGUUCUUGGGACAGCAGCUCUCAUCCUGGAAUAAAUUUCUGCCUUUGACCUGCAUGGAUUAUUUUUUCAGGCUGCGGAAUUUCUCGGCACCUACCUGUAGUAUGGGGCACUUGGUCUGGUUGCAGAGUAAGAAGGUGGAAGAAUGAGCUGCACUUGGUUAAGCAGUUGAAACCUUUUUUGAGCAGGAUCUGUAAAAGCGUAAUUGAAUUUGUUUCACCCCCGUGGAUUCCAGUGGGCCCGACAGCACAACAGUGCCUGGCAACUUGAUGCAUAUGGAAGAGCAAUGCCAAGCGAUCUGACAUAAUAUAAAUUCAGGAUGUGACAUUCAAUCACAAGCAAAGUUGGAAAUUCCAAAGAGAAGUAGUGAGACCUUUACUAGUCACAGUGAAGAUGGGAGAAAAUGACAUACCUGCAGCAGAUGUGGGCUGAAAAUAUCCUCUUCUCUGCCCAAUCAGGAAUGCCACCUGUUCUUGGGAAUAAACUUUAGAGAAAGGAAGGGCCAAAACUACGACUUGGCUUUCUGAAACUGAAGCAUAAAUGUUCUUUUCCUCCAUUUGUCUGGAUCUGAGAACCUGCAUUUGGUAUUAGCUAGUGGAAGCAGUAUGUAUGGUUGAAGUGCAUUGCUGCAGCUGGUAGCAUGAGUGGUGGCCACCAGCUGCAGCUGGCUGCCCUCUGGCCCUGGCUGCUGAUGGCUACCCUGCAGGCAGGCUUUGGACGCACCGGACUGGUACUGGCAGCAGCGGUGGAGUCUGAAAGAUCCGCAGAACAGAAAGCUAUUAUCAGAGUGAUCCCCUUGAAAAUGGACCCCACAGGAAAACUGAAUCUCACUUUGGAAGGUGUGUUUGCUGGUGUUGCUGAAAUAACUCCAGCAGAAGGAAAAUUAAUGCAGUCCCACCCCCUGUACCUGUGCAAUGCCAGUGAUGACGACAAUCUGGAGCCUGGAUUCAUCAGCAUCGUCAAGCUGGAGAGUCCCCGACGGGCCCCCCGCCCCUGCCUGUCACUGGCCAGCAAGGCCCGGAUGGCAGGUGAGCGAGGAGCCAGUGCUGUGCUCUUUGAUAUUACUGAAGAUCGAGCUGCUGCUGAGCAGCUGCAGCAGCCGCUGGGGCUGACCUGGCCAGUAGUGUUGAUCUGGGGUAAUGAUGCUGAGAAGCUGAUGGAGUUUGUGUACAAGAACCGAAAGGCCCAUGUGAGGAUCGAGCUGAAGGAGUCCCCGGCCUGGCCAGACUAUGACGUGUGGAUCCUUCUGACAGUGGUGGGCACCAUCUUUGUGGUCAUCCUGGCUUCGGUGCUGCGCAUCAGGUGUCGCCCCCGCCAGAGUAGGCCGGAUCCACUUCAGCAGAGAACAGCCUGGGCCAUCAGCCAGCUGGCCACCAGGAGGUACAAGGCCAGCUGCAGGCGGGCUCGAGGUAAGAGGCCAGACUCGGGGAGCAGCUGCAGCUCAGCCCCCGUGUGUGCCAUCUGCCUGGAGGAGUUCUCUGAGGGGGAGGAACUACGGGUCAUUUCCUGCCUCCAUGAGUUCCAUCGUAACUGCGUGGACCCCUGGUUACAUCAGCAUCGGACCUGCCCCCUCUGCAUGUUCAACAUCAUAGAGGGAGAUUCAUUUUCCCAGUCCCUAGGACCCUCUCGAUCUUACCAAGAACCAGGUCGAAGACUCCACCUCAUUCGCCAGCAUCCUGGCCAUGCCCACUACCACCUCCCUGCUGCCUACCUGUUGGGCCCUUCCCGGAGUACAGUGGCUCGGCCCCCACGACCUGGUCCCUUCCUGCCAUCCCAGGAGACAGGCGUGGGCCCUCGGCAUCACCGCCUCCCCAGAGCUGCACAUACCUGGGCUCCAGGAGAGCAGCAGCCCCUGGCAGGGGCCCCACACCCCUAUGCACAAGGCUGGGGACUGAGCCAUCUCCAGUGCACCUCACAGCACCCUGCUGCUUGCCCAGUGCCCCUGCGCCGGGCCAGACCCCCUGACAGCAGUGGAUCUGGAGAAAGCUAUUGCACAGAACGCAGUGGGUACCUGGCAGAUGGGCCAGCCAGUGACUCCAGCUCAGGGCCCUGUCAUGGCUCUUCCAGUGACUCUGUGGUCAACUGCACGGACAUCAGCCUACAGGGCAUCCAUGGCAGCAGCUCUACUUUCUGCAGCUCCCUGAGCAGUGAUGUUGACCCCUUGGUGUACUGCAGCCCUGAAGGGGAUCCCCAGCAGGUGGACAUGCAGCCCAGUGUGGCCUCUCGGCCUCGUUCCUUAGAUUCAGUGGUGCCCACAGGGGAAACCCAGGUUGCCAGCCAUGUUCACUACCACCGCCACCGGCACCACCACUACAAAAAGCAGUUCCAGUGGCAUGGCAGGAAGCCUGGCCCAGAAACUGGGGUCUCCCAGUCCAGGCCGCCUAUUCCUCAGACACAGCCCCAGCUGGAGCCACCUUCUCCUGAUCAGCAAGUCACCAGAUCCAACUCAGUGGCCCCUUUGGGGCAGCUCUCUAACCCACAGAGGCCCAGGGCCCUCCCUGAGCCAGCCCCUGGCCCAGCUGAAGCCUCCAGCAUCUGCCCCAGUACCAGCAGUCUUUUCAACUUGCAAAAAGCCAGCCUCUCUGCCCGACACCCACAGAGGAAACGGCGGGGAGGUCCCUCUGAGCCCACCCCUGCUUCUCGGCCCCAGGAUGCAACUGUGCACCCAGCUUGCCAGAUUUUUCCCCAUUACAGCUCUAACCAGGCAUAUCCUUGGUCCCCAGAGGCACACCCCUUGAUCUUUGGACCUUCAGGACUGGACAGGAGGCUGCUACCAGAAACCCCAGGCCCCUGUUACUCAAAUUCACAGCCAGUGUGGUUGUGUCUGGCUCCUCGCCGGCCCCUGGAACCACAUCCACCUGGGGAGGGGCCUUCUGAAUGGAGUUCUAACACUGCAGAGGGCAGGCCGUGCCCUUAUCCACACUGCCAGGUGCUGCCGGCCCAGCCGGGCUCAGAGGAGGAACUCGAGGAGCUGUGUGAACAGGCUGUGUGAGAUGUUCAGGCCUAGCUCCAACUAAGAGUGUGCUCCAGCUGAGUCUGGGCCCUGCCUGGCACGGAGUCCUGCUCCGGGGAGAAGAAAGGACCAUAGCAAACACCAGUCUUUUUUGCCAUAUUUCCUAGAAGCACUGGAAGAGGAUUGGUGAUGGUGGAGGGCAGGAGGGUGCUGUUUCCUGCUCCAGCUCCAGACCUUGUCUGCAGAACACACCUGCAGUGCAGCAAGUCCGUGUCCAGCCAGGCGACCAGCUCCUGCCUGUGGCAUGUGUGGGCUGGAUCCCUUGAAGGCUGAGUUUUUUGAGGGCAGAAAGCUAGCUAUGGGUAGCCAGGUGUUACAAAGGUGCUGCUCCUUCCCCGAUCCCUACUAGAUCUCCCUCACCCCAGGCCUCAUGUUCAUACCAGCCAGUGGGUUCAGCAGAACACAUGAUGCCUUAUCACCUCCCUCCUCAGGUGAGCUCUGCACACCAGCUUUGGCCCCUCCACAGUAAGGCUGCUACAUCAGGGGCAACCCAGGCUCUACCAUUCCUUUUUUGCCAAAAGGACCAGGCGUAUAGGUAAGCCUGGAGCACUAAGAGGAGGGAUCCCUGAAGCUUUCCCAUUCUAGUGUGUAGUUCUGUCCCUGAGGGGGGUACUGCAGAAGAACUCUUCUUGCUUCAGCAGCCUUAGCUCCGCUGGGGGUUUAGAGUAAGAAUAUUGGAGAGGGAAAAACUCCUCUUUGAAGAUUUCCUGUCUCAGAGUCCCAGAGCAGGUGGAAAGGAGAGAAUUUCUGCUGGACUUCAUCUGGGCAGAGGGAGGAAGGAUGGAAUGAAGGUAGAAAAGGCAGAAUUACAGCUGAGCAGGGACAACAAAGAGUUCUCUGGGAGAAGUUUUGUCUCAGAGCAGGGAUGGAGAAUGGGGGAGAACAAAGGAAAAGCAAAGUGUGACCCUUAGGUUUGGAGGGACCAGAAACCCAGCUCGCCAGUAUAAGCCAUGCAGGCCAGGGACCCACAGGAGAGUGGAUUAGAGCAGAAGUCUGGCCUAGGCCGCUUAACACAGAGUGGACAAGGGCUGAGGAGCCUCCACAGGGUGACAUUCACCCCAGGGCAGCCUGACCACUGUUGGCCCCUCAGGCAUUAUCCCAUUUGGAAUGUGAAUGUGGGGACAAAGUGGGCACAGGACCCCACCUGGGAACCUUCUUCCCUGUUAGUGGGGAGACUAGCACCUAGGCACCCACAUGGGUAUUUAUAUCUGAACCAGACAGAAAGACGCUUGAAUCAGGCACUACGUUGAGAAAUGUAUUUAUUUGCUAAUAUAUUUAUCCACAAA